UCGCUAACAAGACGCGAGACUUCAUAGACGUGUACUUUGCCUUUAAUAAUAAUGUAAUAUCUUAAUAACUUACAAUAAUUGUUACUAUAAAAUUAACUGCAGUGUCAGUUCGAAAGUAAAGUGUGUCGCGAGUGUGAUUUUACAAUUUAUACUUACUUAUAUUGUGCAAGAUGAACUAAAUAUUUCUUGGUUAUAACAUAUAUCUGUGUUAGUUAUGUCUAACCAAACAGCUUCCCCUUUCGGGCGUAGCCAACUAUUGCAGCGAAGUCCUCCACCGACUCCAAAUCAACCAGAACCAGUUCAACCUAUUGAGCAAAUUCCACCUCAAGCUCCAGCCGUGUUGGCUGGUGAGUUACCCCCUGAAGUUGUUUCAACACCAGAUAUCCAGAAAUGGAUUGGGUCAAUAGACGCCGUUCUCACUGAGGUCUGCACCAUAGUCUCAGAAGGGAAAAUGAACAACGAUCAAAAGCAGCGUGUCUCCGCCCUUUGUCGCAACGUUUUAAAGGGGACAAGUCAAAUGGCCGUAGAAUAUCAAGCUUUAAAGCAAAAAACCAUCCAAGCGCACCACACAGUACUGCAUCUAAAAGAACAGCUGGACCUUGCAGAAUCUAUUAAGGUGAUCAAAAAUACUAUAAUCGACAAAUUAUCGCCUUCUGACAUAACCUCUUCAUCUUACGCUAACAUAGUAAAAAAAAGUUCCGAAACCCUCAUCCGCCCAGCAAAUCUGAGUUCUGUGGCCAUCUACCCUUGCGACAAGACGAGAACAAGCGAAGACACAAAGUCACUUGUUCAGAAAAUUAUUUCGCCUGAAGAACUAAAGCUUCAUGUCCGUGGCCUAAAAAAAGUCAGAAACGGGGGUGUACUUAUUAGGACCGAGAACAAAGGAGAUAUUGAAAAGCUCAGGAAUUCAACGAAACUGAUGUCAUCUGGCCUUACGGUAGAAGAAACCCCCAAGCGCCGACCUAGGAUUGCUGUCGUUGGAGUUCCAGUAGCACUUACUGAAAGAGAAGUAUUUGACUGCAUCUAUGAGCAAAACCUUUCGGAGAAAUUGGCAAAUAGUACUCGAGAGUCCUUUCUUGCUACUGUCAAAUUGAGCCAUAAGUCAGGUAAGAAAGGUCUUCCCACUUGCAAUUAUAUAUUAGAAGUUUCUGCUGCCGUCAGGAAAGUACUCAUAAACCAAGGCCGGAUUUUUAUAAACUGGACUUCUUGCCCUGUAAGAGAUUACACAAUAGUUACAAGAUGCUUCAACUGCCAGCAGUUUGGCCAUGCAGCCAAGUUUUGUCGUGAAACUAGUCCUACGUGCAACCACUGUGGGGAGACUGGGCAUUCCCACAAGGAGUGUAACAGUAAAUCUUCUCCGCCUCAAUGUGCGACGUGCAAGCGCUUCAAGAAGAAAUAUGACCAUCAGACUGGUGACGCAGAGUGUCCGGCGCGUAAAUAUGCCGAGAUUAAUUAUAUCAAUUCGAUUGACUAUGAAGGCGCCUAAGAGCGCCCCGGACAGUUUAUUUAGUAGCACUUAGUUAUUGUCUCGUAAGUUAAAAGUUACUCUAUAUUUUAUUAAUUUAGUAAUUAGUUUUUAUGGCCAGUCAGCUAAUCACUGAUCUGGAUGAAUUUUCUGUGUCUGAAGCCAAUACCUG